GCUUGCUGAGAAGGAGGAGAGGUACAAAAAAAGAGAAAGAAGAAAAUCCCUUUUGGACGAUGGCGAUCAACCUCCACCAGCUCUUCCUCAUGGCUGCAGAUUUAACGCUGGCUUCUGUUCUCUCCUUUGUCCUUUAUGCCUUUGCCUGCCUUUGCAUUGCAAGCCUCUUCAGCUUUGUGAUCUUUCUCUCCUCCUUUGGGGUGGCAAAGAAAGUGAAGAGGAAAAUGGGCCAAAAAGGGAGAUCAAUCAUGGUCCUGACUUCUAAGAGCACCGUUGGAGGGAUGCUUGUGAAAAAACUAGACAAAGCGGGCUUUGGGGGGCUGGCGGUAUGCCACUCCCCAGAGGGAGAAUUGGCACCUAUGCUGGAGAAGGAAUGCACUUCAAACACCAGGGUGACAGAACUCCCAGUGGCUGAGGAGAAGAACCAGGCAGUAAUGCAGACCCUCAUCAAGAGCCAAGGAAUGUCUGGAGUGAUGAAGAAGCCUUCAGUCAUUAUAUGGGAAGAGGAGACAGAAAGACCCAAAGCAUCUAAAAGGAAAGUGUCUCCUGAACAGAAGAAUGGGUUUCUGACACCUGCUUUCUUUAUUGCCCUCAUCUGGGCUGCUGUGAACAUUGUGUGCCCAUGUCUGAAGAAAAGAAGUUACGGGUGGCAAGUGUGUGUACAAGUAUGGGAAAAACUCCAAGAAUCGCUCCAGAACUCUUUCCUUAUUGCCCUCCUUUGGGCUCCGGUGAACAUUGUGUGCCCAUGUCUGAAGAAGAGAAGACCCUGGUAGCCUUCCACCCUACUGAAAUCUCCAGACUGACAGGUGCACCUGAUUGUAACUUCUUUCCUAACAGUGUUUGCACGUGUUCACCUCUAGGCUGCAUGUGACAAAAUUCUAGAGAGAAUCUGAAUUGAGCAGUAAUUGAACUCGGAAUGGAUUUCAGAUGAGUGAGGACCUCGGCAUCCUGUUUGCAUCUUCACUUAGGCAAAAGAAACAUUCAUUAUUCGGUAAAUUUAAAAAUAUCAGGGUCUGAAAUGAAAGCCGGCAAGAACAAUGCGGAGAAAGGAUAUGUUGGUUCCUGGUUUGGGGAGAACAAAAAACCCAAUAAAUUGCAAUAAAUUACAGGCUUAGCCCAGUGACAAAACUUUGUGAGUUAGAUGUGGAUGGAAAGACGAUGCCCUGAUUGCACUGAGAGCCUGUAAUGCAAUUUAUAAAUCUGAUUUGUGCAAACAGAUGCCGAAAUUUUACCUGCAGGGAUAAGUGAUGUAAGAGGAAAGGAAGCAGUGAAGACAUGCCUGUGGAACAGCCCUUGAAAAUGAAGCUUUUGACACACGUGGAGUUUUGAAUGAGCUCAACACCGGCCAUUUAGAUCUCACAUUGCAACUGAGAAUUGUCUUAAUGUGUUUUCCUUCCGGCAAUGGCUCAAAUCAUCAGCACACCAGAGCAUCCGUCUCUCCAGAAGGAAGGCCUUUGGGGAGUUAAUUUCUUUCUACCUUUGGAAGGAAAGAACAUCCACGUAUUGCAGACAGAAGACAAUGGAGGGCAUGCAGGGUGCAAGUGAUGCUAAUGAUCAGGGCAGCUUUUGCUUGUACAUGGUCUCACCAUGGAGUUAGGUGUGAGAGAGACACUGCUGGAAAUGCUGUCUUGUAGUGGAGGCGGCUCCAUGAGGGUGAAUGGGGCACUGCCCCCCCAACCUCAGCCUGCCCUCAGCCAGCCCCCACCUUCCUUCUUACUUACAACCAGUCCAAAGCCCUGGCUGUCAGCUUCCUCCUCCUUAAUCUCAGUGUUGUCUUUGCAGAACUCAGCAGGCAAGAGGAUGGGAACAAACCUAGAAUGUGUUGCCUCUGCCUGUUGUUGGCCUCCCUGCCUUCAAGUUCUCUCUUUCCAGUUCCAGGGGGCACCAGCCACCACUGCUGUCCUAUGGACAGAGCCCCCCCCCCCAAGAAAAACAGCUUGGUACUAAUCUAUUGUUGCUAAAACAAAAAUUCCCUUUUCAGGCACUAACUAAUACUAUUUGUAUUUUUAUGUCAGUUUUUAUGCAUGUGGCCAUUGAGGAUGACAGGUUGUCGAAACACAUCUGGCCAAAACACCAAAGGAGCACUUUUAAAAAUAUGUAUUUGUC